CACUGACUGCGGAGGCGGAGUGCCAGUAUUAUUAGUAUCAGCGGGUUCGCAUCCGUCGACGCAGCAAUUUGGCUUAGAGUUUAAUAUAUCUCUUGCAUUUCCCCGCGCGUAGCAGCAAGCAGAAGAGGAGAGAGAGAUCGCGCAGUUAUUUACAGAGCUGUUGGGAGAAUCCAGGAGGAAGUACUCCGGUCCGGCCAAGAAGGGGGAGACAGAGUGGGGGAGGCGGAGGACGCCGAGUUUGGGGAGAGGAGAUGGAGACGGACAGCCCGCGGAGCCCGGAGGCGGAGAUCGGGCACCGGGUGGAGGACCUGUGGGAGGUGGCGCAGCCGCAGCUGUCCCCGUCGGAGAAGCUCAACUCCUGCUUCGAGGACAUCCCCGUCGCCGCCUUCCCGCGCACCCACCCCUCGCAAGUGAUCGAGAUACCUUCGGAUGCCAGCCUUGCUGAUACUGUUGAGACAUUAUCCAAAAAUAAAAUUUUGAGCGCACCCAUAAGAAACGUCGAUGCUCCAGAGGAUGCUACUUGGAUAGACAAAUACAUCGGUAUUGUGGAAUUUGCUGGUAUUGCAAUGUGGUUGCUUCAUCAGUCUGAUGCUUCAGGUAACGGAACAGCUGGUUCUGCAGUUGGAUCACCUGUGGCCAAUCUAGCAGCUAGGUUAGGCUCUUUCACAUUCAGAAGAACGUCAUCUGGCAGGGUAGAAACCACCACUGAUUCAGAAUCAGAUGAAGCUGCAUCAGUGGGUGGAAGUUUUUUUGAAACCCUUACUUCCUCUGAGUUCUACAAGAACACAAAGGUUGGCGAUAUCUCUGGAAGCUUCCGAUGGGCGCCAUUUCUUGCCCUGCAGACAUCUGACACAUUCCUCACCAUGCUGCUUCUUCUAUCCAAGUACAGGAUGAAGAGCCUCCCAGUGGUAGAUAUGGGGGGAAAUAAGAUCGAGAAUAUCAUUACACAAUCUUCCGUUGUGCACAUGCUUGCAGAGUGUGUUGGACUUCCUUGGUUUGAAAGCUGGGGAACCAAGAAACUAUCUGAACUGGGCCUUCCUCUGAUGAAGCCAUACAGACUUGUUAAGGUAAAUGAAGACCAGCCAGUCCUAAAAGCCUUCCAACUGAUGAGGGAAAAGGGGGUUGGUGGUGUGCCUGUUAUGAACACAAAUGGAACGAAAGCAAUUGGUAACAUUAGCAUCAGAGAUGUCCAAUAUCUUCUGAGUGCCCCCAAGAUAUACAAACAAUACAGGACAAUCUCAGCCAAGGAUUUCCUUAGCGCGGUCCGGCACCAUCUCCAGGAGCAACACGAAGCGUCGCCGUUGCUGCACGACGUGAUCACAUGCAAAAGAGACGACGUGAUCAAGGAAAUCAUACUGAAGCUGGACUCGGCCAAGAUCCACAGGAUCUACGUGGUCGACGACAAGGGGGACACCGAGGGGGUGAUCACGCUGAGGGACAUAAUCUCCAAGCUGGUGCACGAGCCACGGCAUUACUUUGGGGAUUUCUUCGACGGCGUCGUUCCCCUACCCGCAAACAGUACCGUCUGACAAAACUGUGUACUACUAUGUACAAAAAAUGUACAUUAUCUUUCUUUUUGCUCAUUCCCAAUCUUCUUCUCAAGUUGGGGUUGCGGUUGCUGUUGCUGUGGAGAGACCUCUGUGGGAAGGACUAAUGAACCAAUGGGGUGGAUGACAGUGUGCGUUGAAUAAUCUGAGAAUCGCCUGAGCCUUGCGAUGAGAAUGAUGGUGCCUCUCUUCUUUCUUGUUGACGGUUGCAUAAAUUCUGUCACCAUUGCUUCACCGGUCCUGCUCUUUUGGAAGGCAAGCUCUGCAACACUGUCACCUUUCGUCGUUAUGUUGAAAUUUAAGCUAAGCUCUUCGGGCGA